GCACCUAGUAACAAUACAGAAUCUUUCAAACUUCUCCUCUUCCCAUUUUGCCUUUAAAAAUGGGCUCUCAUUUUGUUCCUCGCAUCCAAUCCAACAGUACCUUCACAAUUCUCAAUCCUCAAUCAUUCCCUUUAUCCAAAUCCUCUACACCCUCUGUGAAUUGAGCUCUACUCUGCUCAGAUUUACCAACCAUGGCUUCGCAUCAGAGUGGAAGGGCUUUACCCAAAUUUGGCGAGUGGGAUGUGAAUGAUCCAGCCUCAGCUGAAGGAUUUACCAUCAUUUUCAACAAGGCCAGAGCUGACAAGAAAAAUGGUGGAAGUUUACUUACUGCUGCGGAAUCAUCAAGCAACUAUGAAUCCCGCAAAGAAAAUAAUACGCAAAAGUAUCCCAAAAGGAACAAGUGGCUUUGCAUGGGUUGUUAAUUAAGCCCCCAGACUAAUGAAAACUUGUGACUUUGGUGGGUGUUUUAGUACCAGUCUUCUGGAUUAUUGGCUACUUAAAUUUUGCUCAGACAAUUGUGAAAGAGCUGUGGUUCUUAUUCUUUAUAUCUUGGUUGUUUUUGUCUCCUUGAUGAUGUAGAUACUAUAUACGAAUAAAACAAGUGUCAUUUUUUUUGUUCUUA